AUAAAAGCGGCGAUCCGUGUCUGUAAAAACGAUCACCUCUCGAACCUGAGGUCUACGUAAACGCAAGACUUUCACUGCUUUUACAACGUCUUCGUUGUGAAUUUGCGUACCAAUGUAAAGUUGUCACAUACGGGUUUCUGUCUUCAAUGAUCAGAACGUGCCAGAUAAUACAAUUUGUUGUGUAGUCGUAAACCUGGAGACAUUUAACCUCUUUGGAGAGCCGUAUUGCAUUUCUGAUAUGGUGCCGUAUAUGUCACUCUCACUAAGAGCCAAUUGCAAUCUCGCAGUUGUGUUUAUGUCCCGCCUUUUCCUGUCAAGUUAGCUUGGAGUGUGUCCGGUAUUUGUGUGAGAUUAUUCAGAUAGUGGUGUCGUCGGCUGUUGAAAUGAACUUGUAUAUAGAAAAUCUCAUCUAAAUAAAAAUAUUUCGCAUGCGAACGAGUUGUUCUCUGACAUGUCGUCAUCCAGGUCAAAUAGCUUGGUUCGGUUUUGCAGAAUGUUUCAUGUCUGUAGAAACGGGUGUUCCCACCCUCCCAGUUGACGUUUUGUCUGCGCUAGUGAGGAUUACAUUUCCACCAGCUGCCAUUCAGCAUCAGGUUGCUCAGUGAAUACUUCGGAUGCCGCUAAAAAGUGAACAAGCAAACACCCACCGAGAGCUCAAUGAGUAAUGAACACAUUCUGGAGCAUGUCGACAAACGUUGGUCGUAAGAGAUCAGACGGUGAGGAACAGGGUGGUCAGGGGGAACCUAGAGUCAGUCCAGCUCGUCCUCCAUUUGGUAAGAAGCAACUUCCCUCCAUCCCAAAGAAUGCAGUCCCCAUCACUAAAGCUGCCUCGCCGGCCACUUCUGUACAGUCAGCCAAUGGCACCCAUGCCUCAUAUGGGCCUUUCUACCUGGAGUACUCGCUGCUUGCCGAAUUCACCCUGGUGAUCAAGCAAAGGCUACCUGGCAUCUAUGUACAGCCCUCAUACAGAUCAGCAUUAAUGUGGUUUGGAGUGAUUUUCAUUCGACAUGGCUUGUACCAAGAUGGUGUGUUUAAGUUUACCGUGUACAUUCCUGAUAACUACCCGGAUGGAGAAUGUCCAAGAAUUGUGUUCGACACCCCUGUUUUCCACCCACUAGUGGACCCAGACUCUGGUGAACUGGAUGUGAAGAGAGCUUUCACCAAAUGGAGGCGAAACCACAACCAUAUCUGGCAGGUCCUUAUGUAUGCACGCACAAUCUUCUACAAGAUCAACACCUCGGACCCACUCAACCCAGAGGCUGCAGUGCUGUAUGACAAAGACAUCCAGCUUUUUAAACGCAAGGUGAUAGAGAGUGUCAAGCUAUGCAACAGUCACUUGUUUGACCAGCCCAAAAUGGAUGAUCCUUAUGCAAUAAGCUUUUCCCCAUGGAAUCCAGCAGUACAUGAAGAGGCAAAAGAGAAAAUGUUCGCGCAUAAAAGACUGCCCGAAGAUUACAACAAAGGCUUGCAGGUGUCCGGACUAUCUUGGGUGAAACCUGGCUCCACCCAGCCUUUCAGCAAAGAAGACAGCCCACUUCAGACAUGAACCUUCAGUACUUUAGACUAUCCACCAGGAGGGUGCAACAGAGAGACAGGAAUCAAAUUCUCAUGAAGUUCUAUGAUCUCAACGUGCUCAGCUUUAAAUCGUUUUAAACUGCUUCAGUAACAUGCAAACUUUCCCAUUGUAGAUCGAAAGACCAGUUUGUUUUUUGAUGCUGGGCUUGAACAUGCCAAUGGCACAGAGCUUGUUCUUGUCAAUACUGUUACUUGCACAUGUUAAUGCUUUCAGGCACAACAAACCACCUCACUUGUUUGUGUAGGUCAUGCUCUUCCAAAUGGGGAAUUGAUUUUAUGGCAAAUAAUUUGACAACGUUAAUACAAAUUUUCUUUCCCCCUAAAUUGUUAAGUUUCAAUUUUAAAUGUGCAUUCACAAACGGGGACAGGUGAUUUUAGUGUGUAAAUUUUGCCUUUAAUAUGGUGUAAUAAAAACCUGUGUAUGUAAUUGUUUAAAUGUAAAAUGCAAAGCAAGACGUAUAUUAUUAAGACACUUAAAUUAAUCCUAAUUUGAUCAGAAAUGUAUUUCACUUUGAAUGUGUUGUAAUUGCUUCAUCGGAAGGGUUUGAUGUGUAAAUAGUGGAGCAAUGAAUGGUCUUGAGAGGACUCACUACGAUUUAUUUAUCUAGAAAUGUACAAUGUUAUGAUUUUUGUGGUUUUACAAUAUCCAUUUUCUUUAUUUUGAGAAUUUUAGGAAGGACUGUAAGAACUUUCUUAAUCUGUUGCAGACAAAUAAAUGCAUAAACUAAAACUUAAUUCUGUUGGGAACGUUCCAUGACUGGAUUUUGCAAUUAACUCAUCAAUUGACCGUAGAAUUUGUACCUCAAGACAAACUGAUGAAUAUGAAGGCUUUUUUUAUCAUGGACAUGCACGGAUCCUAAUUUGAAUUUUGUGUACAUGCUCAAAUUAUUAUAUUUCCUAAAUAUUGAAAAUAAAAAUUCUAUGAUCAUUUA